UUAUGGGCAAGAUGGAAAAACAACCUUGAUAGAUUGUUUACAUUCCUGAGCGAAACUCGGGGCGGCAGACUUGAGCGUUGAAGGCAUAUCGGGGUUAAUUUACGUUCUCUGUUCUAAGGUAUCCAGUCAUGAGGUUCAAAACCUCCUUGCUGAAUAAGCCAAAACACACAGAUCUUGUGUCUUGUGUUGGGUGGAUGUCACCUGAUGAAGUUUAUUCUUGUGGAGAUGAUCAACAGUUACUUCAAUGGAAUUUGUUGUCAGGUGAGACAACAAAGGUUAGUGAUUUGCCAAAAGAUGUGUAUCCAUUGGACCUCCACUGGCUACCCAAGACAGCCAUGCAGAAAUCAAAAGUUGGAUCAGAAGUUUUUCUUCUUACAGCUGCUGAUGGCAAGUUUUACAUAGUUGGUCGCAGUGGUCGGACAGAUAAAGUUGUAGAAGCUCAUCGUGGAGCUGUAUUAGCAGGCCGUUGGAGCCACGAUGGAGCUGGUCUUGUUACAGCUGGAGAAGAUGGCCUAGUGAAGAUAUGGUCUCGCAGUGGAAUGCUGCGAUCAACUUUGGCGCAAGUACCAGUUCCUGUGUAUGGUGCAGCUUGGGCCCCAGACUCUGAUGCUGUCAUCUACACUAGUGGUUAUAAUCUCAUCAUAAAACCUCUUGCACCAAAUUCAAAACCUAUUCAGUGGAAGGCCCAUGAUGGAGUAAUUCUGAAGGUUGCAUGGAACCCCAAUACUGGAUUGAUUUUGUCAGGUGGUGAAGACACAAGGUAUCGUGUUUGGGACAACUUUGGCCGCCAGUUAUAUUCAUCAUCUCAGCAUCAUCAUCCAAUUACAUCUUUAUCCUGGUCCCCUGAUGGACAACUUUUUGCUGCUGGAUCAUUCAAUACUCUCCGACUUUGUGAUAAAGCUGGAUGGUGCCACUCUCUUGAAAAACCAAAUACAGGGAGUAUUUUUAACUUGGCAUGGUCAAGUGAUGGCACACAGGUUGCUGGAGCCUGUGGAAAUGGCCAUGUGAUCUUUGCACAUGUUAUUGAAAAUCACUUGGAAUGGAAGAAUUAUGAGGCAACAGUGACAAGCCGUAAGACAAUAGCAUUACGAAAUGUCACAAAUGAAGCUUGGGAGAAGCUAGAACUUCGCGAUCGAAUAAUCAAAGUAUCGCUAUCUCAUGGCCACCUUGUAGUGGUAACCUCAACACAAGCAUAUGUAUAUUCAACACGUAAUUGGAACACUCCCAUUAUACUGGAGCUCAAAGAAUCUAAUGCCAGUUUGAUUGUUCAGUCAGAGAGACAUUUCUUGGUUGUUGAUGGAGCUAGUGUUUAUAUAUACUCCUAUGAUGGACGUUUGCUGUGCUCACCUCGUUGGCCUGGAAUGAGAACUGAUGUUUUAAACAACCGCACUGUCUCAUUAUCAGAUGAUACACUUGCAAUCAGAGAUAAGACUGAUGAAAAACUUGUCCAUCUAUUUGAUUCAACAACAGGCAAAGCACUGAAUGAUGGAAAGCCAUGGACACAUAAAACUGAAAUAAUUGAGGUAGCAUUAGAUAAAGUUGGGACAGCUCAUGAGAGACGUAUGGCAGUUGUUGACCGGAACCGAGAUCUGUUUCUUGUAAACAUACAGCGUGUAGGAGGAAUGGGUAGGGCAGUUAAACUUGGUGGAAUGGUACAGUCUCUCUGCUGGAAUGAUGGAGCAAACAUGCUUGCAGCUCUCCAAGAUGCAAAGUUCACUGUCUGGUUUUAUCCAGCUGUAGUCUUUUUUGAUCGUGACUUACAGUCUUCAACCAUUUCUGAAAAAGAUGCAACUGAAUAUGGAAAAAAUGCAGUAGUAGACAGCUUCUUAGACACUGUAGUGACAGUGAGGCGGGCAGAUGGAAGCUUGGUUACUGCAAAUGUUUCACCAUACCCAGCCCUGCUCCACAACUAUGUAACAGCUAAACAUUGGGAUGAUGCUGUCAGACUGGCUCGGUUUGUGAAAGAUGACACUGUAUGGGCUUGCUUGGCUGCAAUGGCUACAGCAUAUAAAGAACUGAAUACAGCAGAAGUAGCAUAUGCAGCUAUAAAUGAAGUUGACAAGGUGCAGUACAUACAUUAUAUAAAAGAGAUUCCUAUAAAGGAAGCCCGAAUGGCAGAAAUGGCAUUAAUGGGUGGCCAUAUAAGUGAUGCAGAAUCUAUCUUACUGCAGUCAGGACUACAUUUCAGAGCCAUAAUGCUGAACUUGACUACAUAUAACUUUGAGCGUGCUUUACAGCUUGCCAUAAAACAUCGUACUCAUGUGGAUACUGUAAUUGCAUUCCGACAGCGCUAUCUUGCACGUUUUAAUAAGAAUGAAACAAGUAAAAUAUUUCAGCAAUAUGAAAAACAGGUUGAAGUUGACUGGAAAAAGAUACAAGAAAAGAUUGAGCUGGAGUUCCAGACUGAAAGAGAAAAACCAACAUCAUCGAAAUAAGUCACUGAGCGACCUUUUACCUGUUGGAAACAGAUUAUUCUGAUAGUAUCUGUACUUUCUAUUGAAAGCAGCAAGGGACAUUUUUAUUUUUCAUGAAAUUUUAAAAGAACUAAAAUAUAUUAAUUGAUAUGCAAUGUACAGUUAAAAGCAUAUUCUUAGAGAUGUAAUCAGUAAUGACACUGAAUACUAAAGUAAUCAGUUUGAUGUGCUCCUGAUAGUUAAACAAUGUUUCAGUAUGAUACUACCUGGAAUAGCUAAAGGCAAAUUUUAAUAUAGAUAGACACAUAUGUGUGUGUAUGUAUGUUUGUAUGUAUUUAUUUAUAAGUAUGUAUGAGUAAUGACACAUAUAUUUGAACAGACAAACAUUUGUGUCUGUAAUUGUUGGUUCUAGUCACCACUAUUUGUACGGGCUUUGAUGAUGUUUUCUUUUGAAGGGUUUUUAUUGGGCAGAUAAGAUCUUUUAUUCCAAAAGGAUGUCUUUCCUAAUCCUGACCCAAUGUCUACAGCCAUUUGUUUUUUCUACUAUAGUACAGCAACCCCACAUAUAUUUCAGUGUAUUUCAAUAUAUUUAUACUACUUAUAUUUAGUGUAUGUAUAUUCAUACCCAUGACAUGACACAGACACAUGCAGAUGGAUAUUGAUUCCUAUAUACACAUGUGCUUAGCCAACAAGGAGUCAAUCAGUAUGCCCUAGUGUCCGAUCCUGAUUUCCCCAUUCCUUGAAUUGGUGGGAAAAUGUGUGUUUCUUUUUAAUACAGUUGAUAUUGAUACAGUUAUUAUUGUUAUUGAC